CUCUGGCAUUUUGGGGGGGCCGUUUGGCAGUGGCCCCCCCCCGACUCUGCACGGGCCCAGCCCCGUGUCCCGCAUCCUGCUGCGAUCUGUCCCCGCGACCCCACUGCUGGCACGAGGCCGUGGGGCCGGAGCCAGGCCAGCCCAGGGGGACCCAGGCGUCCGGGCCACCAACACCCCCCAAAACCCCACAGCCCUAACCUUGCCUCAACUUCCCCCCAGGGGAGGGCAGUGGGCUCAGGACCUGCCAGACUGGAGCAGCCACUCCCCUGGGGGCUAUGGGGGAAGGACCCAGGCGUCUGGCCUCCAACUCCCCCAGGGGACCCAGGCAUGUGUGUGUUCCCCCCCCCCAACCCUGGGGCAGGGCCAGUCCUAGGAUGGUAUUUAAGGCCCCGGGAUGGGGACGGUGGCUCCAGACUGGCAGUGGCUGGCCCACACUCAGGUCUCCCACAGGUGAGAGGGGGGGAUUAUGGGGGGGUCUUGGGAGGGUCUCUGCCCAGCCUGGGGGGUUGUUGGUGCUCUGUGACUUGUCCCCAGGGUGGGGGUAUCCCCAGGGCGCAGUGUCCCCCAGGGUACCCAGGCCAUGUUGGGUGUCCCCAGGGUAUCAGUUCUGUGACCUUGAGGUUUUGGUGUCUCCGGAGUCCUGUUUUGCUGUCCUCAGGGGUUCCCCAGGCUGUGCUGGGUGUCCCCAGAAUUUAGGUGUCACUAGGGUCCCAUUUUGCUGUCCCCAGGGAGGUCCCCAGAAUCUGGGUGUCCCCAGUGUCCUGUUUUUCUGCCUCAGGAGUCCCCAGCCUGUGCCAGGUGUCCCCAGGGUAUGGGUCCCCCCCCGGGUAUUGGUCCAGUGACCCACCCCCAGGUGUCAUCUCCCCCCUCCCAGGGGUUGGGUGUCCCCAGGGUCCUGUUUCACUGUCCCCAGGGUUUUGCUGUUCCCAGGGCGCUGCCUGGGUGUCCCCGCGGCCACGAUGACAGUGACAUACACCUCACGGGUGGCCACCGCUCGCUUCGGGGGCUUCUCGCAGCUCCUCCUGCUCUGGCGCGGGAGCAUCUACAAGCUGCUCUACCGGGAGCUGCUCCUCUUCCUCGCCGCCUACCUGGGGCUCAGCCUGGCCUACCGGUUCCUGCUGUCAGAGGCGCAGAAGCGGCUCUUUGAGAAGCUCGUGCUCUACUGCGACAAGUCAGCCAACCUGAUCCCCAUUUCCUUCGUCCUCGGUUUCUACGUGGCGCUGGUGCUGGAGCGCUGGUGGGGGCAGUUCCGCAGCGUCCCGGCGCCGGACGGGCUGAUGGUGGCCGUGGCGGGCAACGUCCACGGGGCCGACGCGCGGGGCCGCAUCCUGCGCCGCACCCUGAUGCGCUACGGCAGCCUGGCCGCGCUGCUGGUGCUGCGCGCCGUCAGCACCGCCGUCUACAAACGCUUCCCCACCACCGACCACCUCGUCGAGGCUGGGUUCCUGACACGGGAGGAGCGGCAGCGGCUGGAGGGGCUGCGCUCACCCUACAACAAGUUCUGGGUGCCCUGCGCCUGGUUCGGGGCGCUGGCGGGGCAGGCGCGGCGGGAGGGGCGCGUGCGUGACGACUGCGCCCUCAAACUCCUCAUGGAGGAGCUGAACCGCUUUCGGGGGCACUGCAGCCUCCUCUUCCACUACGACUGGAUCAGCGUCCCACUGGUGUACACCCAGGUGGUGACCAUCGCCGUCUACACCUUCUUUGUUACCUGCCUGAUCGGGCGGCAGUUCCUGGACCCAGCCCAGGGCUACGCGGGGCACGAGCUGGACCUGGGGGUCCCCGUCUUCACCCUCCUUCAGUUCUUCUUCUACGUGGGGUGGCUCAAGGUGGCUGAGCAGCUCAUCAACCCCUUCGGGGAGGAUGACGACGACUUCGAGACCAACACACUCAUCGACCGCAACUUCCAGGUGUCAAUGCUGGCGGUGGACGAGCUGUACGGGGAGGUGCCGACGCUGGAGCGGGACCGGUACUGGGACGCCGCCAGCCCCCAGGCACCCUACACGGCCGCGGCUGCCCCGCUGCGCCAGCCCGCCUUCCGCGGCUCCGCAUUCGAUGUGGCGCUGGCCAAGGAGGAGAUGCAAUUCCAGCCACUAGAGGACAUUGGGGAGACACUUGGGGACACCCUCGAGCCCCCCCCACGGCCCCCCCCCGGCACCUUCACCCGACGCUUCUCCCUACUGCACCGUAAGAACAGUGCUGGCUCUGAGAGGGGGCUCAGCCCUGAGCCCCCCCCAGGGGCCCCUCCAACACCUGCCACCCCGGGGGAUGGGGACAGCCUGGGGGGGGACACAGCCAUCCUCCUGGGGGAUGCCCCGAGGGGGGGCAGCAGCCCCCACGAUCACUGGCUCCUGCACCCCAGCAUCGAUGACAUGGUUUAAAGGGGGCAACCCCAGAACACACCUCCCCACUGUGGCUCAGCCCUGUACAAGCCCCAUGAGAAUCCCCACCGGGAAUAAACCCCCA